AUGGUGCAUGGACCGUGCGGUGCAUUAAAUCCAUUAUCGCCUUGCAUGGCUGAUGGAAAGUGCACAAAACGAUAUCUGCGACCGUUAGUUGCUGAAACAGUCACAGUUUAUCGUCGGCGUUCAAAAGAAGAUAAUGGUCGAACUAUCAAAGUUAAAGUUCAAAAUCAAGAGAUUGAGAUCGGAAAUGAAUUCAUUGUACCAUAUUGCCCGCUGCUAUCACGAAUUUUCGAAACACAUGCAAACGUUGAGAGUUGUCAUUCGGCCAAAUCAAUCAAAUAUUUGUGCAAGUACGUCAUAAAAGGCAGCGACAUGACUGUGUUUGGUAUUGCGUCGGAAAAUGCGAAUGACGAAAUCAGCAACUUCCAAAUGGGCAGAUAUGUCAGUACUAAUGAAGCACUGUGGCGAUUAUUGUCAUUUCAAAUUCAUGAAAGAUAUCCCACAGUUGUACAUUUAGCAGUGCAUUUGGAAAAUCAUCACCUUUAUGGAAUAACGUAA